AUGGUAUGGAAAAGAAUGCACGUAUUAGAAAGUAGAUUCGAACGGCAAUCAGAAAUAAAACAAGACUAUGUGAAUUUUAUGGAACAGUAUAAGUUACUUGGUCACAUGUCGCUGAUCCAGGAUAUUGAACCCAUAAACGCAGGGAAUAUUUAUUAUUUGCCGCAUCAUUCGGUUAUAAAAAGUAACGCGUUAACAAGCAAAUUAAUAGUGGUCUUUGACGCGUCAGCUCGUUCGGAAUUAGGAACAUCCUUAAAUCACAAGCUAUUAAUAGGAUCUGUCUUACAGGACAUGUUAUUUGAAUUGCUGUUGAAAUUCAGACUCCAUCAAUAUGUUAUAACAGGGGACUUAGAAAUGAUGUAUGGACAGAUUCUAGUAAGAGAUCAAGAUAGGGACUUGCAGAGAAUAUUAUAG